CUACAGCUGGAAUAGCUUCAACACCCAUCAAAUGAGACUUUUAAUGUUCCCUAUGUCACGGUUGAUCGUGGGGAUCGCGCCAGUCAGAAGUGUGCCAUAAAGCACUGGCAAUACUUCCAACUUGCCAAGUCAGUGGACUUAUGUAAAACCGCACGCAAAACAGGAUAAAAAACAAUCACCUGGAAAUCGGAAACAAAAACAAUUGACUGAUAUCCAACUCCAGCAUGUAUUCCAUUGCCGGCCUCGCUAUUCCAGUACCACCGGGCCCACAAACCGUGGAGGGACUGGCAGUAUUAACCACUUUACGGUCCUUGCAAUAUGGAAUUUCCCGCACUCGUGCAAUCGCCCCUAUCGCUAAAGCAGAAUCAGGUGCCAUUCGCACAAGCCCAACCACCUUCAUUGGCAAGGCCGUGUCCCCGAUAUACGCCCUCACGUUCUUCAUCCCAUCCGUGACAUAUGCUCUGUGCGUCACCGGCAACCUGUUCAUGCAGCCUGCAUGGAUGCAGCGCAUGAGCCUACCUAAUGAUUACUUCCAACACGAGACCAAAGUCGCGCUGAGAAUUGCAGCAUGUGCAUCGACCUUUGUGCUCCUCAGGUUCGCGGGACGCGCAUUCACACACCUUGGGAACCAGUGGCACACGAUCGGGAGACGGGAGAAGUCCAGAGUCGUGCAGACAGGUCCAUAUGAACUGGUGCGUCAUCCGAUAUACAUGAACGUGCUCAUCCAGCAGGCGCUUUUUGCAGUGAUGUUCUGGUCCUAUGCGCCACUUGUGGGUCUGAGUAUCGCUGCUGGCGCAUUCGCUGUCAAGAUACCUAUCGAGGAGGCUCUUAUUAUGGAGGAUGCUGCUGUUGCAGCAGAAUACCGCGCAUACAUGCAAAGGGUGCCUGCGCGCGUCAUUCCAUUCCUCUGGUGAUGUGUUUUACUUGAAUAAUAAUAUGUCAUAAUUGCAAC